UUACGCAAGCAUUUUCUCCAUUAUCAGUUAAUUCUAAACAUGUUUAUUCAAUUGCAUGGAUGAAUUAUAACUCAUGGGAAAACAAAAGACAUCUAAGAAAUGGAAUCAUUCGAUCGUGCCACACUGUUUAUCUGUCUGGUUUUAUUAUCACACGUUGCAUUUUGCGACGCCCAAUCAAACAAAGUUCGACUAGUAGGCGGAAAUUCCGCGACGGAAGGUCGGGUAGAGGUGUUUUACAAUAGAGAAUGGGGUACAGUUUGUGAUGAUAAUUUCGAUGACAAAGAUGCAGCUGUCAUCUGCUCAAUGCUGGGUUUCACCAAAAUGAAUGCUAAGGCAAAACAGCGAGCAUUUUUUGGCCAAGGAACCGGCAGAAUUUGGAUGGACGAACUCCGCUGUAGGGAUGCUGACAUCGAUUUAUUUUCUUGUCAACAGAGUACUUUGGGUAGCCACAACUGUGGUCAUUCGGAAGACGCGGGAGUGGUGUGUGCCAUUUCCGCGGCAUCUAAUAUAAGACUGGCUGGCGGAGGUAAUCCGAUGGAAGGGAGAGUGGAGGUUUAUUAUAACAAUCAGUGGGGUACUGUAUGUGAUGACUCAUGGGAUACAAGGGACGCGUCUGUCGUCUGCUUCAUGCUGGGAUAUUCAAGAGAAAACGCCAUUCCAAAUUUAUCGGCAUCUUUCGGCCAAGGGACAGGUCAAAUUUGGAUGGAUGACGUUUUAUGUGAAGGAACAGAAAGAGAUCUUUUUGACUGUAAAAAGUCACCCAUAGGAAGACAUAAUUGCGGCCAUUCCGAGGAUGCAGGAGUUACAUGCUCAUUGGAAGGGAGUGUGCGUUUGGUCGGCGGAUCUUCACCUCUGGAGGGUCGAGUGGAAAUUCAUAGCAGUGGCUCCUGGGGCACAGUCUGUGACGAUUCCUGGGACAAUACUGAUGCCGCAGUCGUAUGCUUCAUGCUGGGAUUCCUAAGAGGAGGCGCUGUUGCGAGGACAGGAGGAUAUUUCCAGUCAGGAGUUGGUAACAUUCUGCUCGAUGAAGUUAAUUGUAUCGGUACAGAGAGGUCCAUCUUGCAGUGUUUACACGCAGGUUUGCUAAGUGCCGAUUGUGGGCACCACGAGGACGCCGGAGUAACAUGUAAGGGGGUUCAAAGUGCUGGCAUACUAAGAGAUUGUGGUGCUGCAGAUAUUCUUAUUAUCAUCGAUGACAGUGGAAGUGUAGGAAGAAACCACUUUAAUGUGACAAAAAUGUUUGUGAAAGACAUUAUUCAAGGUCUAAAUUCUAAGUUAUUUCGAUUUGCUGUAUUAACGUACAGCAGUAACGUCACAGAAAGAUUUGGAUUCCUCGAGAUUAGUAGGCUUCCUGUUAUAUUGAACAACAUUGAUCGUAUUCCGUAUACAUCUGGAGGAUCAACGCAAACAGGCAGGGUGCUGAAACACGCUAGGUUGUCCAUAUUUAACAACAAAAGGGCUAAUGCUGCAAAUAUUGUUAUUCUCUUCACGGAUGGAGAGUCAACUAACCCUGAACAAACAAAAGAAGAAGCUGCUCUAUUGCGCAGGCAUGGAGUGCGCAUCUUUUCAAUUGGAGUUGGAAGUGGACCUAAACAAGGAGAGCUAAACUUAAUGGCUUCUUCUCCAAGCGAAGACCAUGUAUUCCAAGUUUCGUCGUAUAGUGCUCUAUCGCAAAUUCUCAGUGCAGUACAAAACAGGACAUGUGAAGCGUCAGUAGAUGGUGGAUUCAGCGAGUGGUCAAUGUGGACACAUUGCAGCAAGACUUGCGGAAGUGGGAUCAAAACAAGACAUCGCACUUGUACAAAUCCAGUACCAACUAGUAAUGGCAGAAAUUGUACUGGGGCUUAUUCAGAAACUGUCUCAUGCACAAUAGCUGGCUGUCCUGUGGACGGUAGUUGGGGUAAUUGGAGUCCUUGGUUAGAUUGCAGUGUUACAUGCAGUAUCGGAUUUCAGACACGAAGCAGAGAAUGUACAGAUCCUAUGCCAGAAAAUGGAGGACUUCCCUGUGAAGGACUUAACAUAGAAAAGUUAAUUUGUCAACUUAAACCUUGUCCUGUUGAUGGUGGUCUAACAAUUUGGAGUGACUGGAGCACAUGUUCAGAGUCUUGUGGGAUUGGAACGAGAAUAAGGAGUCGUUCGUGUACGAACCCGAUUCCCCAGUACAAUGGAAGAAACUGCAUCGCAGCUUACAAAGAAACGAACGAAUGCAUGAUUAAACUCUGUCCCGUUGACGGGGGAUGGAGCUUUUGGUCAACAUGGACAGCGUGUACUAGUUCAUGCGAUAUAGGAUAUAAAAUACGAAGCAGAGACUGCACAAAUCCAAUACCUAAAAAUGGAGGUCGUCUCUGUGAAGGCUUUAGCAGAGAAAACGUAACCUGUAAUGCAGAACCAUGUCCUAUUGAUGGUGGAUUUGCGAUGUGGAGUGACUGGAGCGCUUGUUCAGAGACCUGUGGAAUUGGAUCAAUGACUAGAAGGCGCUUAUGUGCGAACCCGAUUCCACAGCACAAUGGAAGAAACUGUACUGGAGCUUACUCAGAAACUAAGGAAUGCAUGAUAAAACUCUGCCCCGUCGACGGAGGAUGGAGUUUAUGGGCAACAUGGACAUCUUGUUCAGGUUCAUGUGGUGGAGGUCAACGCGAAAGGGUAAGAGCUUGCGAUAACCCUUUACCUAGAUUUGGAGGACAACUUUGUUCUGGAUCCCAUUUAGAGCAAAUGGAGUGCAAUACAAUACCAUGUCCAAUAGAUGGUGGCUUUAGUCAGUGGAGUGAUUGGAGUUCAUGUUCAGUUACAUGUGGUAUGGGUGAAAGAAAUAGAACUCGUUAUUGCAACAAUCCAUUUCCGAAAUACAGUGGUAAGAACUGUAGUGGUAUAAACAGUGAAGCAGAAUUAUGCUUGACUUCGUUGUGUCCUAUAGAUGGUGAGUGGAAUUCUUGGAGUUCUUGGAGUGCGUGUAAUGUCUCAUGUGGAGGAGGCAAACGAGAUAGAGUCAGAUUGUGCAAUAACCCAUUACCUCGAAAUAAUGGACGUCGAUGCCCUGGCAAAGAUAUUGAAAGUAGCAAUUGUGAGAUGAAUCCGUGUCCAAUUCAUGGUGGAUUUGAUCAGUGGGGGAGUUGGAGUAUGUGUUCACAAACGUGUGGUGGGGGUCAAAGAACAAGAAAGAGAACUUGCUCAAACCCUAGUCCAGCAUUUGGUGGCUCUAAUUGCUUUGGAUUAUGGAACGAAUCUCAAGAUUGUAAUAAUCAUAAUUGUCCAGUUCAUGGGAAAUUAAGUGAUUGGACACAAUGGACUGAUUGCAGUGCAACUUGUGGACCGGGUUUUCAACAAAGGUCGAGGACUUGUAAUAAUCCAAAACCAGCUUAUGGCGGCAGAACAUGCUCUGGUAGUCAGAAUGAACGAAUUGAUUGUCAAGUUCAAAACUGUCCUGUAAAUGGUAAAUUUUCAAACUGGGGUUCUUGGUCAAUAUGCUCCAAAUCAUGCGGCGGAGGAUUGGCCUUUAGAUACCGAGACUGUGAUAAUCCUAUGCCAGAGUUUGGGGGAUUAAAUUGUACGGGUGCUCAUAUGGAAUCUAUUUUGUGCCAAACCAAUCCUUGUCCAAUUGAUGGACAAUUUGGAUCAUGGGAGGGGUGGUCAGAUUGCACAAAGUCUUGCGGAAUUGGUUCCAAAAAUAGAGUUAGGAAAUGCAAUAAUCCUUUGCCUCGAUACGGAGGUACAAAUUGCACAGGGACAUCUUUUGAAAACAUAUCAUGCAAUACGCACAAAUGUCCAAUAGAUGGUGGUUUUAGUGAUUGGACAAGUUGGACAUAUUGUUCAGUUAGUUGUGGUGGAGGAAUAAAAAAUCGGAAAAGAUUUUGUAAUUCUCCGUCGCCAUUAUUCGGAGGUUAUAACUGCAGUGGAAAUUUUUCGGAAAAAGUGAUAUGCAAAUCUUACCCAUGUCCAAUAGAUGGUUUCUUUGAUGAAUGGGAAGAAUGGUCGUCUUGUUCGCAUAGUUGCGGAGGAGGUAUUCAAAAUAGAAAAAGGAUAUGUUUUGAUCCUAAACAUGGCGGUCAAGCCUGCACGGGUCAUUUUGUUGAGUACCAAAAUUGCAAUUUUCAUCAAUGUCCAAUUGAUGGUAACUUUGGUGAAUGGGGAUCAUGGACUUCAUGUAGUAAGACUUGUGGUGGAGGAUCUAAAUUAAGAUCAAGACAAUGUGAAAAGCCUAUACCAAUGUUUGGAGGCAAAAACUGCAGUGGAAAAUAUAGUGAAGAAAGUGAAUGCAAUUUAAACUCAUGCCCUUUAGAUGGAAAAUAUGCAGAAUGGAAUGAAUGGACAGAAUGUUCUAAAACGUGUGGAAGUGGCACACAAUAUCGUGAACGCACUUGCACAAAUCCAUCUCCCAAACAUGGAGGUAUGGACUGUUUAGGAGUAUCCAAAGAAUCGGUAGGUUGUAAUGAAAUUCCAUGUCCUGUGAAUGGACAAUUUUCUUUUUGGACUGAGUGGAGUAAUUGCAAUGUAAGUUGUGGAGGAGGGGCAUCAUAUCGAGUAAGGAAAUGUAAUAGUCCUUUACCUAAGUAUGGUGGAAGAAAUUGCUCCGGAAAUUUUGAAGAAUUGAGGACCUGUAUGGAGAAUUCAUGUCCAUUAAACGGGGGUUUUGGUAAAUGGAGUAGUUGGUCCUCGUGCACAGAAACAUGCGGGGUAGGGAAAGAAACGCGUCUACGUUUUUGUAAUAAUCCAGAGCCACAGUUUGGUGGACACAGCUGUAGGGGUUUAUCUAAAAAUACAAGAGAUUGCAAUACACAUCCUUGUCCGAUAGAUGGAGCAUUCAGUGAUUGGCAGUCUUGGACUUCUUGUUCAGAUAGCUGUGGAGGUGGAGUAAAAUCUAGAAUUCGCUAUUGUGAUUCUCCAUCUCCAUCAAACGGAGGUAGAAAUUGCACAGAAAGGGACUAUGAAGAAAUGAAAUGUAAUGAAUAUUCCUGUCCUAUUGAUGGAGGAUUUUCUGAUUGGACAAAGUGGUCACAAUGUACAAGAAGUUGUGGUGGUGGAAGCAAAAUCAGAAAUAGAACAUGUGACAAUCCUAUUCCGCAAUUUGGUGGAAAUUCAUGCAACGGCCAUUUUACUGAUAUUAAUAAUUGUAACUUUCAGCCUUGCCCUAUCGAUGGGGGCUUUUCUGAGUGGGGCCUGUGGUCUUCUUGCUCUGUUAGUUGUGCUGGAGGAUCUACUCAGAGACGACGUUCCUGUACAAAUCCAUCUCCAGAAUAUGGCGGUAAAUAUUGUUCAGGGCAAUCUGUUGAAACAAAGACAUGUCAAAUUAACCCAUGUCCUAUAGAUGGAGGCUUCAGUGAAUGGAGUACGUGGUCAACGUGUUCGACAUCAUGCGGUUUGGGUUUAAAAUAUAAAAACAGAUCUUGUGACACACCUGCCCCAAAAUACGGUGGACAAAAUUGCAGUGGAGUGUUCUUUGAAAAUGAGUCAUGUGAGAGAAAGCCUUGCCCUAUUCAUGGAGGAUUUAGUAGCUGGGAGAGAUGGAAGGGUUGUUCCACAACAUGUGGAGGGGGAACACAAACAAGAAAGCGUAAAUGUAACAACCCAUCACCUGAAUUUGGUGGGUAUAACUGUAGCGAUCCUUUCUUAGAAAACAGGGAAUGUAAUAUAUUUCCAUGCCCUGUGGAUGGGCAAUACUCUACAUGGAGCAACUGGUCAAAAUGUACAACAACAUGCGGUGGUGGCUCAAUGUUUCGGACAAGAACUUGUAGUAAUCCACCUCCUGAAUAUGGCGGACGGCCUUGCAGCGGACUUAAUACCGAAUAUGAUAGUUGUAACACAAAUGCAUGUCCUAUUGAUGGCGGGUUUUCAGAAUGGAGUGGGUGGACAACUUGUACAGACACAUGUGGUGGAGGUUCGUCAAGUAGGAAACGAUUUUGCAACAAUCCAGAACCUCAAUAUGGAGGUGAUAAUUGUACUGAUUCUUUUGAAGAAUUAAGACAAUGCAAUAAAUUCCCCUGUCCAAUACAUGGAGAAUUUUCGGUAUGGACUAUCUGGUCACAGUGUUCACGAAGUUGUGGUGGCGGAAUCAAAAUCAGGAAUAGAACAUGUGACAAUCCUAUUCCAAAACAUGGUGGACGCCCAUGCUUUGGGCAUUUUAUUGAUUAUGUUAACUGUAACAUUCAAAUGUGUCCUAUCAAUGGGGGCUUCUCUGAGUGGGAGCCAUGGUCAUCUUGCUCAGUUAGUUGUGCGGGAGGUUCUGCUCAGCGACGACGUUACUGUACAGAUCCAGUUCCGAAAUAUGGCGGUAAAUUUUGUUCAGGGCGGUUUGUUGAAACGAUGACUUGUCAAGUCAAUCCAUGUCCUAUAGAUGGAGGCUUCAGUGAAUGGAGUAUGUGGUCAACGUGUUCGACAUCAUGCGGUUUGGGUUUAAAAUCUCGAAACAGAUCUUGUGACACACCUGCCCCAAAAUACGGUGGACAAAAUUGCAGUGGAGUGUUCUUUGAAAAUGAGUCAUGUGAGAGAAAGCCUUGCCCUAUUCACGGUGGAUUUAGUAGCUGGGAGAAAUGGGAGGAUUGUUCUACAACUUGUGGAGGGGGAACACAGACAAGAACGCGUAAAUGUAACAACCCAUCACCUGGAUUCGCUGGAUUUAACUGUAGCGAUCCUUUCUUGGAGAACAAGACAUGUAAUGUAUUUCCAUGCCCAGUGGAUGGGCAAUACUCUACAUGGAGCGACUGGUCGAAUUGUACAUCAACAUGCGGUGGUGGCUCAAUGUUUCGCACUAGAGCUUGUAGUAACCCGUCUCCUGAAUAUGGUGGAAAGCCUUGUAGCGGACUUAAUACUGAGUAUGCAAGUUGCAACAUAAAUCCAUGUCCUGUUAAUGGCGGAUUCUCAGAAUGGAAUGAUUGGACUACUUGUACAUACACUUGCGGCGGAGGUUCAUCAAGUAGAAAACGGUUUUGUAACAAUCCAGAACCUCAGUAUGGGGGUGAUAACUGUACUGGUAUAUUUGAAGAAACAAGUUUAUGCAAUGAAAACUACUGCCCUAUUGAUGGGGAGUUUUCGGUAUGGACAGAGUGGUCACAAUGUUCACGGAGUUGUGGUGGUGGAAUUAAAAUCAGAAAUAGAACAUGUGACAAUCCUAUUCCGCAAUAUGGUGGAAAUCCAUGCAUUGGCUUUUUUAUUGAUUAUGUAAAUUGUAACAUUCAGAUGUGUCCUAUCGAUGGAGGCUUCUCUGAAUGGGAGCCAUGGUCAUCUUGCUCUGUUAGUUGUGCGGGGGGUUCUGCUCGGCGACGACGUUAUUGUACAGAUCCACUUCCAAAAUAUGGCGGUAAAUAUUGUUCAGGUCGAUCUGUUGAAACAAAGACAUGUCAGAUCAAUCCAUGUCCUAUAGAUGGAGACUUCAGUGAAUGGAGUAUGUGGUCAACGUGUUCGACAUCAUGCGGUUUGGGUUUAAAAUCUCGAAACAGAUCUUGUGACACACCUGCCCCAAAAUACGGUGGACAAAAUUGCAGUGGAUUGUUUUUUGAAAAUGAGUCCUGUGAGAGAAAGCCUUGCCCUAUUCACGGUGGAUUUAAUAACUGGGAGAGAUGGGAGGAUUGUUCUACAACUUGUGGAGGGGGAACACAAACAAGAAAACGUAAAUGUAACAACCCAUCACCUGAAUUCGCUGGAUUUAACUGUAGCGAUCCUUUCUUGGAGAACAGGACAUGUAAUGUAUUUCCAUGCCCAGUGGAUGGGCAAUACUCUACAUGGAGCGACUGGUCGAAUUGUACAACAACAUGCGGUGGUGGCUCAAUGUUUCGCACUAGAGCUUGUAGUAACCCGUCUCCUGAAUAUGGUGGAAGGCCUUGUAGCGGACUUAAUACUGAGUAUGCAAGUUGCAAUAUAAAUCCAUGUCCUGUUAAUGGCGGAUUCUCGGAAUGGAAUGAUUGGACUACUUGUACAUACACUUGCGGCGGAGGUUCAUCAAGUAGAAAACGGUUUUGUAACAAUCCAGAACCUCAGUAUGGUGGUGAUAACUGUACUGGUAUAUUUGAAGAAACAAGUUUAUGCAAUGAAAACUACUGCCCUAUUGAUGGGGAGUUUUCGGUAUGGACAGAGUGGUCACAAUGUUCACGGAGUUGUGGUGGUGGAAUUAAAAUCAGAAAUAGAACAUGUGACAAUCCUAUUCCGCAAUAUGGUGGAAAUCCAUGCAUUGGCUAUUUUAUUGAUUAUGUAAAUUGUAACAUUCAGAUGUGUCCUAUCGAUGGAGGCUUCUCUGAAUGGGAGCCAUGGUCAUCUUGCUCUGUUAGUUGUGCGGGGGGUUCUGCUCGGCGACGACGUUAUUGUACAGAUCCACUUCCAAAAUAUGGCGGUAAAUAUUGUUCAGGUCGAUCUGUUGAAACAAAGACAUGUCAAAUUAACCCAUGUCCUAUAGAUGGAGGUUUCAGUGAAUGGAGUAUGUGGUCAACGUGUUCGACAUCAUGCGGUUUGGGUUUAAAAUAUAAAAACAGAUCUUGUGAUACACCUGCCCCGAAAUACGGUGGACAAAAUUGCAGGGGAGUGUUCUUUGAAAAUGAGUCGUGUGAGAGAAAACCUUGCCCUAUUCAUGGUGGAUUUAGUAGCUGGGAGAGAUGGAAGGGUUGUUCGGCAACUUGUGGCGGGGGAACACAAACAAGAAAGCGUAAAUGUAACAACCCAUCACCUGAAUAUGGUGGGUAUAAUUGUAGCGAUCCUUUCUUUGACAACAGGGAAUGUAAUGUAUUUCCAUGCCCAGUGGAUGGGCAAUACUCUACAUGGAGCGACUGGUCGAAAUGUACAACAACAUGCGGUGGUGGUUCAAUGUUUCGGACAAGAACUUGUAGUAAUCCACCUCCUGAAUAUGGCGGAAGGCCUUGUAGCGGACUCAAUACCGAAUAUGAUAGUUGUAACACAAAUGCAUGUCCUGUUGAUGGCGGAUUUUCAGAAUGGAGUGUGUGGACUACUUGUACAGACACUUGCGGUGGAGGUUCAUCAAGUAGAAAACGGUUUUGUAGAAAUCCAGAACCUCAGUAUGGUGGUGAUAACUGUACGGGUUUGUUUGAGGAAACUAGACUUUGCAAUAACGUAUCCUGUCCAAUUGAUGGUGGUUUCAGUGAAUGGAAUUUAUGGACUGUUUGUUCCGUUUCAUGUGGCGGUGGGUUGAAAACAAGAAAACGAACAUGCACAAAUCCAUCUCCACAAUACGGAGGACAUAAUUGCUCGGGUUCUUUCACACACACAAAUACUUGCAACACUUUUCGCUGUCCUGUUGAUGGUGAUUUCGGGCCCUGGAGUUCUUGGUCAGUCUGUUCUGCAAGUUGUGGUGGUGGAAACAAAGAUAGGAAAAGGUUAUGUAAUUCCCCUCCACCAGCAUAUAAUGGUAAAUAUUGUGAGGGAAAUAGUUCCCAAACACUAAGUUGUAAUGAAUUUCCGUGUCCAAUUGAUGGAGGAUUUACCGAGUGGAGCAACUGGGGAGAUUGUUCGCAAAGUUGCGGAGGAGGUGUUCAUAUACGUAAUCGAUCAUGUAGCAAUCCAACACCCCAACAUGGGGGAAAACUUUGUAACGGUCAUUUUUCGGAAUACUCAUAUUGCAAGACACACCAGUGUCCUAUUGAUGGUGGAUUCUCACUCUGGGGUGCGUGGUCUUCGUGCACUGCAUCUUGCGGUGGUGGAACCUCAAUUCGGACACGAUCCUGUACAAACCCAUCUCCGUUAUAUGAAGGUAAAAACUGCACUGGAAAUGCCGAACAACUUAUAAACUGUAGUAUACAACAUUGCCCAAUCGAUGGACAGUAUGGUGACUGGAGCACAUGGUCACCGUGUUCUCAUUCAUGUGGCGGGGGAUUUAAAUCAAGAUUACGAAAAUGUAAUAAUCCACUUCCACAAUACGGUGGAAGACAAUGCAAUGGUAACAAUAAAGAUUAUAUACAAUGCAACACUCAGCCGUGUCCAAUAGACGGGGUCUUUAGCGAAUGGCAAACAUGGUCAGUUUGUUCACAUAGCUGUGGAGGGGGUACAAAAAACAGACUCAGACUGUGUGAUGAUCCUUUUCCAGCAUUUGGCGGGAAAAAUUGUACUGGUUUGUUUCAGGAAUCUUCAAACUGUAAUCCGUUGCCAUGUCCAAUAGAUGGGGGUUUAAGUUUAUGGAGUGAAUGGUCACUUUGUUCGUCAACUUGCGGUGGAGGUAUUCAGAAAAGAAACAGAUCAUGCUCAAAUCCAGUUCCUCAGUACGGUGGUAAAAUUUGUGAAGGGGAGACCACUGAAUUUCUUCAGUGCAAUACCAACGAAUGUCCAAUAGAUGGAAAAUAUUCGGACUGGGGAGCAUGGACAGUCUGUUCUGUUACAUGUGGUGGGGGAACAAGAUUGCGAAGUCGGACUUGUACAAAUCCACCUCCUCAAUUUGGAGGAAAAGAGUGUUCCGAUGGGUCAGAGCAGUCUGAAAAUUGCAAUACAAACAGCUGUCCAGUUGAUGGUAAAUAUAGCGAGUGGAAUUUGUGGUCGGAAUGUACCGUCACGUGCGGUGGAGGAACAAAAAUGCGUACAAGAUCUUGUACAAAUCCAUCGCCGAAAUAUGGAGGUAAACUAUGCAAUGGACCAGCAGACGAAACAACAGAUUGCAACACGAAGACUUGUUCAAUUUGUGCUGAUCCAAACACGGAGUUUGAAUGCCAUGACAAAAAGAAGUGUGUCGAUAAAGGUUUUGUCUGUGAUGGAGUUUCAGAUUGUAUAGAUGGGAGUGAUGAAGCUGUGUGUAAUAGUGGUCAACAGGUUCCACAAUGUCCUGAAGGUGCGUCGGAAUGUUAAUAUCUAGGGAGAUACUGACUGGUGUGGGAUCGUGUUUUUGUGAUGAAGGGUUUAUCUGAAUAUCGUGGAGGAAUUAUAUUGGCGUUAUCUACGUCUACAUGUCUACAAUGUUCGAACUACAAAUAUUAUCUUUUAAAAGUAAGAAAAUGCAAAGGAUAUAUACUUGCAUUCUUGGGGGUCGUAUAUAUAUUUUUUUGGAAUUCUUAGAAAGAAAUGCUGUGUGUCUUUUGAAAUAACUGUGUGAAUUCAGGAAUGCCUGUAAUUGUAGAUAUUUUAAUGUUUAUCUUUUGUAGACCUCUUCCCUUUGUGUUUAUCCCUUUAAUCGCAAUCCGUAAAUGGAAUAACAUGUGGAAGCAAAUCAUUAGUUAUCAUUGUGUAGUCUCUUUCUUAGGAAGAACACACCCGUUUCUAUUUUCUGAGAGAAACUUACUGAACAAUUCAUAAAUGUUUACACGUGUACAUAAAUAUAUUUCCCUUUUUAAAGGAGUCUGGUCAGAUUUCUGAGUAGUCUAAUUUCGAAAGUUCAUUCAGUACUCGUGCAUGUAUUUGUCCAUUAUGUUGAGAAAUAAAAUAUUUUCUUUUCUUAAAUUUUUUUUCACAAAUUGGCCUUCAAGUAGGGGGCAUAUUAUAAAAUUUGGACAGGAUAUUAUAUAUUAGCUUAACGGCGGUAUUGGAACGUGUUUGCUAAUCAAAAUGACUGCAGUAACAAUGGUUUAUUUCACAUUGUUAAACACUGAAAGUUUUGCAUGAUAUUUUAAACGUAAAUAACUAAUGAUUAUGAAAUUGAAUUUCAGAACGUGUUGUAUGAAUAAGCGUUAUAUUAAAAAGAUUUAACACUGUGUAUUAUUAUAAUUUUUUGGUUGAUAUAAUGGAAGUUUUAGUGUCAGCUACUGUAAAAUAGUAAUACGUGAAAUUAUCAGCUAUUGUUCAAUACGUGAAUUUUUAAUAUUUUUUUUUUUUUUGCAUGUAUAGAUGUAUAUACGAUAUAAUUAUGUAUAAUAAAAAUCACGUUCGUUUUAAUGUGCA